AUGUGGCUACUUUUAAGAGUGGCAAGUCUGAUAUCUGUGCUUGGAAUGACACAUGGCUUAUUUGGAAAACUGGCCCCUGAAAGCCCUGAAGCUCAUAUGAAUGUUAGUCAGAUGAUAAACUACUGGGGGUAUCCAAGUGAAGAGUAUGAAGUUGUGACAGAAGAUGGCUACAUCCUGGGCGUCUACAGAAUUCCUUACGGGAAGAAAAAUUCAGAGAAUAUAGGCACAAGACCUGUGGCAUUUUUACAGCAUGGUUUUCUCGCAUCAGCCACAAACUGGAUUACAAAUCUGCCAACAAACAGCCUGGCCUUCAUCUUGGCAGAUGCUGGCUAUGAUGUGUGGCUGGGAAACAGCAGAGGAAAUACAUACUCCAGGAGAAAUUUGUACUAUUCACCAGACUCAGCUGAAUUCUGGGCUUUCAGCUUUGAUGAAAUGGCUAAAUAUGACCUUCCAGCCACAAUAGACUUCAUUGUAGAGAAAACUAAACAGGAGAAGAUACACUAUGUUGGUCAUUCUCAGGGCACCACUAUUGGUUUUAGUGCCUUUUCUACCAAUCCCACACUGGCUGAUAAAAUCAAGAGAUUUUAUGCAUUAGCUCCAGUUGCCACUCUGAAGUAUGCAGAAAGCCCUUUGGUAGAACUUAAACAUAUUCCUCUAUUUCUCUUGAAGCUUAUAUUUGGUAACAAAAAUUUCCUUCCACACAACUUCUUUGAUCAAUUUCUUGGUACGGAAGUGUGCUCACGUCAGUUCCUGGAUCAUCUUUGCAGCAAUGCUUUAUUCAUCUUCUGUGGGUUCGACAGGCAGAACUUGAACACGAGUCGAUUUGAUAUAUAUCUAGCACAUAAUCCAGCAGGAACUUCUGUUCAAGAUAUCCUCCACUGGGGCCAGGCCGCUAAGUCUGGGAUAUUUCAAGCUUUUAACUGGGGAAGCCCGUAUCAGAACAUGUUACACUACAAUCAGAACACACCUCCUUUCUACAAUGUGUCAGACAUGACUGUGCCAAUUGCAGUGUGGAAUGGUGGAAAUGACAUUUUGGCCGACCCCAGAGAUAUUGGCAUAUUGCUUCCCCAACUCCGCAACCUCGUUUACCAUAAGGAGAUUCUUCCUUACAACCACUUGGACUUUAUCUGGGGAAUCAAUGCCCCUCAAGAGCUUUACAAUGAAAUUGUUUCCAUGAUGGCAAAAGAUUAA